UGACCACCACACACUCCGGAGUAGAUCGCCUUUUGAGUGGCUAACAGCGUGAGAAAAACGGAGCUGAUUCUCUAUCUUGCAUCUCCAUUACAGAUGCCUUUAUAUAGCAACUACACUCUUUUCCUUCCCUCUUUCUCUCCUUUUCUCUCUCUCUCUCUCUCUCUUGUGUGGUGUCAUCCUCCCUUCUCGCGCAAAACAGGUGAUAAUGCUUCCACCACAGACACCACGGGAAACAACACCAGAACAUUUCUCCAAUGGUCACAGUGUCAUUUACGACAAUGCUGCUGUUGAACAUCAACUCCACGCCGAUCGCAAUGAAAUGGUGGCACCAGAUUUUUCCCGAGUGCUUAUCAUUUAUACGGGAGGCACCAUUGGCAUGAAGCAUACAACAGAGCAUGGUUAUAUCCCGCUGCCAAACUACUUUGCACAAACACUUGCCAAAGUGACCCGCUUCCACGAUUCAACGCAUUCCCGUGCACCAUCUCCGACUGAAGAAGAGCGGCGUCUCGGAACCAUUACCAAUACUGUCCGCACUACCGACGGGAAGGAGGUCGGUCUUCACGAAUUGCCGAGUCUGAUUACGCCUGUCAGUUUAUACGGUAAACGAAUCAGGUACUCGAUCCUUGAGUAUGAUCCGCUUUUAGAUUCGUGCAAUAUGACAAUGGAUGACUGGGUGCGCAUUGCUCGCGAUAUCGAAGCCAAUUAUGAAUAUUUUGAUGCAUUCAUCGUGCUCCAUGGAACUGAUACGAUGGCCUAUACAGCAAGUGCACUCAGCUUUCUACUAGAAGACCUCGGCAAAACAGUCAUCAUUACUGGAUCCCAAGUCCCAUUGACCGAGGUUCGCAACGACGCUAUAGACAAUCUGUUGGGUGCGAUUACGAUUGCAGGCCACUUUUUGAUUCCUGAAGUCUGUCUCUACUUUAAUCAAAAACUAUACCGCGGCAAUCGAACGAGCAAGAUCAGCGCAGUAGAUUUUGACGCAUUUGAUUCUCCCAACUUACCUGCACUUGUGGAGUUAGGCAUCGAUAUCCACGUCAAAUGGCCGCUCGUGCUUCGUCCAACACAAAUCGCAAAGUUCCGCUCACACAAAGUUCUGAAUCGUAAUGUUGCCUCAUUACGACUCUUUCCUGGCAUCAACGAAAGCACGGUUCGUGCGUUCCUGGCACCUCCUAUCCAAGGCGUUGUUUUAGAAACUUAUGGCGCAGGCAACGCACCCGCACGGCCUGAUCUAUUGGCUGCACUCAAAGAAGCGUGCGAUCGUGGGGUAGUGAUUGUCAAUUGUACACAAUGUCGCAAAGGUCUAGUCACUGACUCAUACGCCACCGGCCGGCAACUAGCAGCAAUUGGCGUCGUAGCAGGUGCUGACAUGACCCCAGAAUGCGCACUUGCCAAACUCUCGUACUUGCUUGGCAAAGCACCUGACGAUCCACCGCAAGUGCGUCGCAUGAUGACAAAGAAUAUCCGUGGCGAACUGACGGUGCGAGCCGAACACCAGAAAUUCUCUGCCACAAACAACCGAGUGCAUGUCCUCAUUGAUCUCCUUGCCAGCGGCAAGUUCAAAAAGACCGACUUGGACGAACAAACGGUGAUACCCCUUGAAGAACAACAAUUGGCCGAACGCGCACUGUUACCGUUCCUGCUAUGCUCAGCAGCUGUCAGCAACGAUCUGGAAGGGAUCAAGUUGUUGUACGAUAUGGUGAAUUUGAACUGUGUGGACUACGAGGGGCGAAGCCCGCUGCAUGUCGCCAGUCGUGAAGGACAUGUCAGGAUUGUCGAAUUUCUAUUGUUACACGGCGCAUCGAUCCAUAUUCGUGACCGAUUAGGCCACACACCGCUGUUUGUUGCUGUUGCAGAAAAACGGAUGGAGGUGGUGACGAUGUUGCGUACGGCAGGGGCACAUUUGGCCGAGACGGAACGCAGAGAUCUGGGCACACUGUGGCUGAGGGCAAUUGCGGACGGCGAUAUGAAGUUUGUCAAGAUCGGCCUCGCGGCGGGCUGGUCGGUGAAUUGGGCAGAACCCGUCGAGGAGCUUCGGGCACUGGACGUGGCGAUCUCGCAUGGCCAGGUGGACAUGGUCAAGUUCUUGCUAGAACAGCCGGAUAUGAACGUGCAUCUCAUCGAUCGGUGGGGCUGCUCGGCUAUGGACAGACUUCAUUGGACAGGGCUGCAGGAGCGUGUGGCACAAGAGAUUAUUGACGAAAUGAAGCAGCUGCUGCAACAACAUCAAUAGAAAAAUAUAGUCACUUAUUCUGUAUAACCUGCAUUGUUUGCAUCACCUUUGCAUCUAUUAUAUUUUGCAUUGUCUUGUUCUCUCCUUCAUUCAGCUCUGUCUCUAACUGUGUGUGUAUUGUAUCAAUCCACUAUUGUUAGUGUCCCUAAAAGAAAGUCAUUGACCCGUUGUCUGUGUGUGUG